GGCUGUCUGUGCUGUGUUUGACAGGUGAAUAACCUCAAACUUCUAUGGUGAACCGGCGUUAUUUGCCGAGAGACUCCCGCGGUGUAAGAUGUCGGUAAAAGUCCAGAAGAUCACGGAGCCACUGCUGCUGGGCGAGGGUCCACACUGGGACGAGAAGCAACAGGCGCUGUUCCUCGUCAGCAUACAGGAACACACCAUCCACAAAUACGUGCCUUCCACUGGAGUGCACACGAAGACUAAAGUUGGUGGUCGUGUCGGCUUCAUAGUCCCGGUAGAGGGCACCACUGAUCAGUUCCUGGUGGGCGUAGAGCGCAAGUUCCAAGUGAUCAGGUGGGAUGGGGCUGAUGGGAGCCCAGCAACAGUGGUCAAGGAGCUUGGAGAGGUGGACAAUGACGUACCCACCAACAGAAUCAACGAUGGCAAAGCUGAUCCCAAGGGCAGAGUGUUUGCAGGAACAAUGGGCCACGAAGAUCCUCCAGGGAACUUCAACAUGAACAAAGGCAGCCUGUUCCGAUUGGAUGGAGGCAAGGUGACCAAGGUAGUCAGCCAGGUCAGCAUCUCCAACGGCCUGGCCUGGGACCUCCGGGAGAAGGCCAUGUACUACACUGACUCCCUCGAGAAGAAUAUCAGGAGAUACGAUUAUGAUGUGGAUACAGGAGAGAUUUCCAACGUCAAGUACAUCUUUGAUUUCGAAAAGAACAAGAUCGAAGGUGUUCCUGAUGGCACAACCAUCGAUACUGACGGUAACUUGUGGGUGGCUGUCUUUGACGGCUCCUGCAUACUCAAAAUUAAUCCCAGAAGUGGGGAGCUGCUACAGAAAGUCCCCAUCCCAGCGUUGCAAGUGACCUCGGCCACUUUUGGGGGUCCCAACUACGACAUAUUGUUUGUUACGACUGCUAGUCUCAACAUUCGUGGACCCCAAGAUCCCCCUUGUGGGUCCACCUUCAUGGUCACCGGACUGGGAGUCAAAGGAUUCCCUAAUGUUAACUUUAAGCUUUAACUAUUUAACAUU